CUGCCAAAAAUCUUACCAUUUACGUACCCUUGUACCAAGCUGCGCUUAAGGGUGAUUGGGAAAGGGCUAAAGCAUUUAUGACAAGGCAUCCUGGGGCUUUAACCGCAACAAUCACUAAAGGCUGGGAAAGAGCUCUCCACAUUGCUGCUGGUGCCAAACAAGUCAAGUUUGUUGAGGAGUUGGUUGAAUUAAUGGAUCCACCAGAAUUGGCUGCACAAAACAAAUUUGGUAACACGGCACUUUGCUUUGCAGCAGCAUCUGGAAUUACAAGGAUUGCAGAAUUGAUGGUGUCAAAGAAUAAUGAAUUGCCAAUGGUGAGGGGUAGUAAAGGAGUUACACCCCUUCACAUGGCAGCCUUACUAGGUUAUAGAGAUAUGGUGUGGUAUCUUGUGUCAGUAACUGAUCCUCAAUGUUUAACCAAAGAAGACUACGUUAGCCUGAUUAUUGCAACUAUAAGUACCGAUCUAUAUGAUGUAGCUCUGCAUAUAAUUCAAUGCAAACCAGAAUUGGCAGUUGAACGUGAUCCUAACGGGGAGACAGCACUUCAUGUUUUGGCACGAAAGCCUUCAGCAUUCUGUUCCAAGAAUGGACUGGGAGUCUGGCAGAGAUGCAUUUACCCUUCGCACCUAUUGUUCGAUAGACUUCUUCAUCGUGCAACAGAAAAGAUAGGAAUCCAAGAAGUAUUUGAGAGAAAACUGAAGCACUUCCAAGCUCUCGAGUUAUUGAAAUGCAUUUGGAAACAGGUUAUGUUGUUGGAUGACUCGCAAAUUGGGAAGUUACUCAGAGGUCCAUCAAGACCUCUUUUUGUUGCUGCGGAGUGUGGAAACUUUGAGUUCAUUGUUGAGCUACUGCGCUCCUAUCCUGAUCUCAUUUGGAAGGUGGAUGAACAAAGCCAAAGCUUCUUUCACAUUGCAGUCAUACACCGCCAAGAAAGGAUCUUCAAACUAAUUUACCAAAUAGGAGCUCUUAAAGAUUUGAUUACAUCUUACAAAAGCACAAAUAACAGUAACAUAUUACACCUUGCUGCUAAGUUAGCAGCCCCAAAUAGAUUAAACAUAGUUUCAGGAGCAGCCCUACAAAUGCAGAGAGAGUUACUAUGGUUUAAGGAGGUAGAGAAGAAUGUCCAACCGUUGUAUAAGGAGAUGAGGGAUUCAGAAGGACGAAUGCCACAUAUGUUAUUCACUCAGGAGCACAAGGCAUUACUUAAAAGUGGAGAAAGGUGGAUGAAGGAUACUGCCUCAUCAUGUAUGCUUGUUGCUACACUCAUAACCACUGUGAUGUUUGCAGCCAUCUUCACAGUACCUGGAGGCAAUAAUAAUGACACAGGCACACCAAUUUUUCUCAAAGACAAAGCUUUCAUAAUCUUUUCCAUAUCCGAUGCACUUGCUCUCUUCUCAUCAGUGACUUCAAUCUUGAUGUUCUUGUCUAUUCUCACUUCACGGUAUGCAGAAGUAGAUUUCAUGGAAACAUUACCAAAGAGGUUGAUCAUUGGCCUUAUGACACUCUUCUUCUCCAUAGCUUCCAUGCUUAUAGCUUUUAGUGCAAGCUUUUCAAUUGUACAUGGCCAUAAGAUAGCAUGGAUUAUCAUUCCAGUGGCACUAGCUGCUUGUAUUCCUGUCUUGUUAUUUGCAUUUUCUCAGUUUCCCCUGGUAGCUGACAUGUUUCAUUCAAGUUAUGGUUCAGGAAUAUUUGCCCAGGAACCUACAGAUGUUCUUUUCUAGAUCAGCUAAAUGAAAAUAAUUAUGGACUACUGUUGGAUUCAUAUGUAUUCUUUUCAUUGUACUCACUACUUCAACAGUCAUUCCAUCCAAUAAAUCCAGGUCUUUCCAUUUCAUUAAA